UGGAUUUUGCCCUUCCCCCAAAGAAACCUUCAUCUCCGGCGAGAAGGACGGCAUCAACAGCCAUGGAUCAAUCCUUCUUACUGAUGCUCUCAACUCUCCUCCACCUCCACAACUACCUCGAUCCCACCAUUACCCUUCUCCCUUCCACUCCCUCCUCCGCCUCCUCUCCUUCCUCCGCCUCCUUCAACUCUCCCACCUCCCUUCUUUCCUCCUCCUCCGCCGCCCCUCUCCUCUUCUUCACAAUCGCCUCCGUCCUCUCCUUCAUCGCCUCCUCUCGCUCCAACGCCUCCUCCUCCCCUUCCCGAACCUCCUCCACUACCCUUCCUCCCUCUUCCUCCGAUUACUCCGUCUCCGCCUUCCGCGCCUUCUCCACCGACCACAUUUGGUCCCUCGAAGCCCCUUUUCGCGAUGCCCAAUGGCGCUCCCUCUACGGCCUCUCUCACCCUGUCUUCACCACCAUCGUCGACAAGCUCAAGCCCCAUAUUGCCCUCUCCAAUCUCUCUCUCCCUUCCGAUUACGCCGUCGCUAUGGUCCUCUCUCGCCUCUGCCACGGCCUCUCCGCUAAAACCGUCGCUGCUCGUUUCUCUCUCGAACCCUAUCUUGUUUCCAAAAUCACCAAUAUGGUCACCCGUCUUUUGGCCACCAAGCUUUAUGCUGAGUUUAUUAAGAUUCCGGUUAGUCGCCGGCGUUUGAUUGAGACCACUCAGGCUUUCGAGGAGUUGACUUCUCUCCCCAAUAUGUGUGGCGCCAUUGAUGGGAGUCCGAUCAAGCUUCGCCGACUACCUCCUGACCAGAAUUUUUCCACUAAUUACAAUUGUCGAUUUGGGUAUCCCUCGGUUCUGCUUCAAGUUGUUGCUGACAACAAGAAAAUUUUCUGGGAUGUGUGUGUUAAAGCUCCUGGUGGUAGUGACGAUGCCAGCCAUUUUAGGGAUAGUCUUAUGUACCAUAGGCUUACUUCUGGUGAUAUUGUUUGGGAUAACGUAAUUAACGUUAGGGGUCACCAUGUUCGACCUUACAUUGUGGGUGAUUGGGGAUAUCCUCUGUUAUCUUUCCUGUUGACACCAUUUUCGCCGAACGGCAUCGGCACGCCUGCACAGAACCUGUUUGAUGGAAUGCUGAUGAAGGGUAGGUCUGUUGUGGUUGAUGCAAUUGGGUUGCUUAAGGCUAGGUGGAAGAUUCUUCAGGAUUUGAAUGUGGGUUUAAGCCAUGCGCCACAGACCAUUGUUGCUUGUUGUGUGUUGCAUAAUUUGUGUCAAAUUGCCAAGGAGCCAGAGCCUGAACCAUUGAAGGACCCAAAUGAAACUGGCCCUGCACCCAACAUUCUUGACACUGAAAAGUCUCUGUGUUAUUAUGGUGAAAGUGUGAGGCAGGCGCUGGCUGAUGAUUUGCAUCAAAGGCUUCCAUCGAGGUAGCUAACGUUGCAUCAAUAUAGUCUUUCAUGUUGCACUUCCAUUGUUGCCAUGCUUAGUCAUUGCCUACAUUAGAAAGAGUAAUUGUUCAUAGCUUGAUCCUAGAAGAACUCUGCCAUUGACUGAUAGCUUUAGAUUAUUAGUUAGAAACAAAGGGAUGCGUUUGUUGAGUAAUGCAUGAUUGUCUUAACAUCCUCCUAGGCGUUGUGUAUCUGAGUUCAAUGAUGGUUAUAUGAACUGUAAGUUAUGGGUGAAUGUUUGUAGAAAUUAGUGUUCAAAGUGUACUCAGAAACUCUAAUUGAAGCAUUUCAGGCAGUUUGAUCUAUGUUUGAUGAUAUAUUUUGGCUA